UUCGAUGAAGGACAGGCUUGGAAGGCUGGAAGCAGAACUGGACGAUCUCCUACGCUUACAGGAGAACACCAAAAGACAACGUGCAGACUAUGGAGAGUUGACCUGCGUGCACAACAGCAAGCUACAAAAUUGCGCAACGAUCAGGUUGACAAGUCGCAGCAGAACAAUGUUCAGCAGCAGCCAUCGUUACUGCUGCAUCCCCGAGAAUACGUCAGCACCACUCAGCGACAUCUCUAGGUACUUGCAGCACAUAAACAUCAACCUCAGCAAGGGAACGCAGGCGAUAACCAAACUGGCAACAUCGCACCAAGAAAACAACAAUCAAAACAACAACUACCAACACUCCAAUCACGUUUCGAAAUGCCCUGUGGAGAAAACUCCCAACGAAGAUGAUCUGUUCAAGGAGCUGAGGGAAGAAAAAGAUAAACGUGCAAGAGCGGAAAACCAAGUGAAGAGUUUGAAAAACGAAUUGAAAAAUACCAAAUGUGAAUUACAAGAGAAGACGGAACAUACUAUUCGAAUGUUGCAAGACGAACUAAGAGACACUUUGGAAAAACUGAAACAGGCUGAACGUGAAUUACAAAGACGUGUAAAUGAGUUUAGAUCUGCUGAGUAUUUGUGGCCGUUGAAAUACGAAACACUAACUAAGGAGCUGCGAGUCGAGAAACUGAAAAAUAAAGAAGCACAAGAAAACAUACGCCAGUUGCAAACGACAGUUCAAAACAUGUUAAUGGACAGAGAUGAAUAUUUGACUCUGCAAAGAACUGCAGGCUGGAUCAAGGAUCAAAAUGAAAACCUGCUUUGUUUGGUAAAAAAGUUUAAGGAAGAGAUUAAAAUGAAAAAUAUAGAAAUCUCCAACAAGAAUCGAUGUCUUGAAGAUUAUAGCAGGAGGAUAAAGCAACUUACUGUAUUGUGUGGGAAAUUAAGGGAUUUAUUGAUUGUAACGAGAGACAAACUAUCAACUGCUGAGAACAAACUUAAGUCAACAAUGGAACACUGUCAAAGGCUCUCAGAAAGGAUGUUACAGGGUCACCAGCAUUCGGAAGAUCUUCAGAGACGUUUGGAGGAAAGCAAGCAUGAACAGACACAACUGUCUCAGCUUUUACAAAACUCAGAAACUAAGAAUAACGCACUUCACUCAAGACUGGAAGAUAUAUCGGAGAUGAUGAAGAAACAAAACGAGCUCAUUGCCCGACAAUCAGACACCAUUGAUACCAAGGAGGAACAGCUGAAAUUGACUCAUGAAACCAUUAAACUACAAUCACAACGGCUAACCGAUUGCGAGAAUAAGAUUUCACAUUUCCAAAACCAAGACAACACUAAACAAACCUGUUUUCUUCGCGCAGAACUUACUAGAGUUCAUUCGGAGCUAGAAAGUGAGAAAGAAACCUCACUAAUAAAGGAGAAAAUAAUUGAAAGUCAUCAAAAAACCAUAUCAGAGAAAAAGAACGAUCUACUUAAAAAGGAGUCAGAUAUAAAUGAACUUAAAAGGAAACUCUCUGAAACAGAAAAACUACUCGCAAUUGAGAAAACAAACAAGGAAGAGUUUCUCUCUAAAAUCAAACAGCUUCAGGUGAGAAAAGAAGAAUUGAAGUGUAGAGUAGAUCACUUAGAAGAAGAGUGUCUACAGUCUUCAGAACAGACAGCCAAACUAGACGAAAUUGAAAAACAAAUCCAACUCAAACAAAGUGAAUGGGAAAAGUUAAAGACAGGUUUGAUGAAAGAGAAGAACGAAGCACUUGAAGCACUGGCGUGUUCUUCGCGGAAGCUGGCGGAUGCUACAGACAACUACCAAAUGGAACUAGAAAGUAGACAGCGAUUGAUAGACAACCUAAACGUCCAGCUCCAAGAAAAGGACAAACAAAUUCAUGAGGCAAAAUGUGAGAUUGUAGCUUUCACUAAACAAAUACAGGAAGCAGAAGAGCGAUGCGAAAACAUGAAGAAGCGAUUUGAGACGGGGUUACAAUCAGCAUGUGAAAUGUGGCAGAAAACAAUGAAGCAACUGACCAUUUAGGAAUGCCAAACCUUAGGUUAGGUUUGAAAACAAUGAUUGUCCUUUUAACUUUCUCAUUUUAAUAUAUUAUUAUCUCUAUUAACAAUGUUAUAUUGGCUCG